AUGGACGUCUUGGUCUCAUGGGACUCCACAUUCGCGAUGGCGUACGUGCUGGGCAACGUGGUGCCACCCAAGGGCGCGCGCGCGCGCCCGGACCAAGUGGCGCGCGCGCGCGCGCCCGGACCAAGUGGCGCGCGCGCGCGCGCCCGGACCAAGUGGCGCGCGCGCGCCCGGACCAAGUGGCACGCGCGCGCGCCACCCGGACCAAGUGGAGCGCGCGCGCGCCCGGACCAAGUGGCGCGCGCGCGCGCGCCCGGACCAAGUGGAGCGCGCGCGCGCCUGGACCAACUGGAGCGCGCGCGCGCGCCCGGACCAACUGGCGUGCGCGCGCGCUCGCGGACCAAGAGGCGCGCGCGCGCGCCCGGACCAAGUGGCGCGCGCGCGCGCGCGCUCGGACCAAAUGGCGCGCGCGCGCGCCCGGACCAAGUGGCGCGCGCGCGCCCGGUCCAAGUGGCGCGCGAGCGCGCCCGGACCAAGUGGGGCGCGCGCGCGCGCCCGGACCAAGUGGCGCGCGCGCGCGCGCCCGGACCAAGUGGCGCGCGCGCGCCCGGACCAAGUGGCGCGCGCGCGCGCGCCCGGACCAAGUGGCACGCGCGCGCGCCACCCGGACCAAGUGGAGCGCGCGCGCGCCCGGACCAAGUGGCCCGCGCGCGCCCGGACCAAGUGGCGCGCGCGCGCGCGCCGGACCAAGUGGAGCGCGCGCGCGCGCCCGGACCGAGUGGCGCGCGCGCGCGCCCGGACCGAGUGGCGCGCGCGCGCGCCCGGACCGAGUGGCGAGCGCGCGGACCAAGUGGCGCGCGCGUGGACCAAGAGGGGCGCGCGGACCAAGUGGUGCGUGCGCGCCCGGACCAAGUGGCGCGCGCGCGCGCCUGGACCAAGUGGCGCGCGCGCGCCCGGACCAAGUGGCGCGCGCGCGCGCGCCCGGACCAAGUGGCACGCGCGCGCGCCACCCGGACCAAGUGGAGCGCGCGCGCGCCCGGACAAAGUGGCGCGCGCGCGCGCGCGCCGGACCAAGUGGAGCACGCGCGCGCGCCCGGACCAAGUGGAGCGCGCGCGCGCCUGGACCAACUGGAGCGCGCGCGCACCCGGACCAACUGGCGUGCGCGCGCGCUCACGGACCAAGAGGCGCGCGCGCGCGCCCGGACCAAAUGGCGCGCGCGCGCGCGCUUGGACCAAAUGGCGCGCGCGCGCGCCCGGACCAAGUGGCGCGCGCGCGCCCGGACCAAGUGGCGCGCGCGCGCGCCCGGACCAAGUGGCGCGCGCGCGCGCGCCCGGACCCAGUGGAGCACGCGCGCGCGUCCGGACCGAGUGGCGCGCGCGCGCGCCCGGACCGAGUGGCGCGCGCGCGCGCCCGGACCGAGUGGCGCGCGCGCGCGCCCGGACCGAGUGGCGCGCGCGCGCGCCCGUACCAAGUUGCGUGCGCGCGCGUGCGGACCAAGAGGCGCGCGCGCGCGCGCGCCCGGACCAAGUGGCGCGCGCGCGCGCUUGGACCUAGUGGCGCGCGCAUGCGCGGACCAAGUGGCGCGCGCGCGCGCCCGGACCAAGUGGCGCGCGCGCGCCCGGACCAAGUGGCGCGCGCGCGCCCGGACCAAGUGGCGCGCGCGCGCGCGCCCGGACCAAGUGGCGCGCGCUCGCGCCCGGACCAAGUGGAGCGCGCGCGCGCGCCCGGACCAAGUGGCGCGCGCGCGCACCCGGACCAAUGGCGCGCGCGCGCGCUCGGACCUAGUGGCGCGCGCGCGCGCGGACCUAGUGGCGCGCGCGCGCGCCUGGACCAAGUGGAGCGCGCGCGCGCCCGGACCAAGUGGCGCGCGCGCGCGCCCGGACCAAGUGGCGCGCGCGCGCCCGGACCAAGUGGCGCGCGCGCGCCCGGACCAAGUGGCGCGCGCGCGCGCGCCCGGACCAAGUGGCACGCGCGCGCGCCACCCGGACCAAGUGGAGCGCGCGCGCGCCCGGACCAAGUGGCCCGCGCGCGCCCGGACCAAGUGGCGCGCGCGCGCGCGCCGGACCAAGUGGAGCGCGCGCGCGCGCCCGGACCGAGUGGCGCGCGCGCGCGCCCGGACCGAGUGGCGCGCGCGCGCGCCCGGACCGAGUGGCGAGCGCGCGGACCAAGUGGCGCGCGCGUGGACCAAGAGGGGCGCGCGGACCAAGUGGCGCGUGCGCGCCCGGACCAAGUGGCGCGCGCGCGCGCCCGGACCAAGUGGCGCGCGCGCGCCCGGACCAAGUGGCGCGCGCGCGCGCGCCUGGACCAAGUGGCACGCGCGCGCGCCACCCGGACCAAGUGGAGCGCGCGCGCGCCCGGACCAAGUGGCGCGCGCGCGCGCGCCGGACCAAGUGGAGCACGCGCGCGCGCCCGGACCAAGUGGAGCGCGCGCGCGCCUGGACCAACUGGAGCGCGCGCGCACCCGGACCAACUGGCGUGCGCGCGCGCUCACGGACCAAGAGGCGCGCGCGCGCGCCCGGACCAAGUGGCGCGCGCGCGCGCGCUUUGACCAAAUGGCGCGCGCGCGCGCCCGGACCAAGUGGCGCGCGCGCGCGCGCGCCCGGACCCAGUGGAGCACGCGCGCGCGUCCGGACCGAGUGGCGCGCGCGCGCGCCCGGACCGAGUGGCGCGCGCGCGCGCCCGGACCGAGUGGCGCGCGCGCGCGCCCGGACCGAGUGGCGCGCGCCCGCGCCCGUACCAAGUUGCGUGCGCGCGCGUGCGGACCAAGAGGCGCGCGCGCGCGCGCCCGGACCAAGUGGCGCGCGCGCGCGCUUGGACCUAGUGGCGCGCGCAUGCGCGGACCAAGUGGCGCGCGCGCGCGCCCGGACCAAGUGGCGCGCGCGCGCCCGGACCAAGUGGCGCGCGCGCGCCCGGACCAAGUGGCGCGCGCGCGCGCGCCCGGACCAAGUGGCGCGCGCUCGCGCCCGGACCAAGUGGAGCGCGCGCGCGCGCCCGGACCAAGUGGCGCGCGCGCGCGCCCGGACCAAGUGGCUCGCGCGCGCGCGCCUGGACCAAGUGGCGCGCGCGCGCCCGGACCAAGUGGCGCGCGCGCGCGCGCCCGGACCAAGUGGCGCGCGCGCGCGCCCGGACCAAGUGGCGCGCGCGCGCGCUCGGACCUAGUGGCGCGCGCGCGCGCGGACCUAGUGGCGCGCGCGCGCGCCUGGACCAAGUGGAGCGCGCGCGCGCCCGGACCAAGUGGCGCGCGCGCGCGCCCGGACCAAGUGGCGCGCGCGCGCCCGGACCAAGUGGCGCGCGCGCGCCCGGACCAAGUGGCGCGCACGCGCGCCCGGACCAAGUGGCGCGCGCGCGCGCCCGGACCUAGUGGCGCGCGCGCGCCCGGACCUAGUGGCGCGCGCGCGCGCCCGGACCAAGUGGAGCGCGCGCGCGCCCGGACCAAGUGGCGCGCGCGCGCGGACCAAGUGGCGCGCGCUGCGCGCCCGGACCAAGUGGCGCGUGCGCGGACCAAGUGGCGCGCGCGCGCUCCCGGACCAAGUGGCGCGCGCGCGCGGACCAAGUGGCGCGCGCGCGCCCGGGCCAAGUGGCGCGCGCGCGCGCCCGGACCAAGUGGCGCUGCGCGCGCGCGCCCGGACCAAGUGGCGCUGCGCGCGCUCCCGGACCAAGUGGCGCGCUGCGCGCGAGCCCGGACCAAGUGGCGCGCGCGCGCCCGGACCAAGUGGCGCGCGCGCGCGCGCAGACCAAGUGGCGCGCGCUCGCGCCCGGACCAAGUGGCGCGCGCGCGCCCGGACCAAGUGGCGCGCGCGCGCGCGCCCGGACCAAGUGGCACGCGCGCGCGCCACCCGGACCAAGUGGAGCGCGCGCGCGCCCGGACCAAGUGGCCCGCGCGCGCCCGGACCAAGUGGCGCGCGCGCGCGCGCCGGACCAAGUGGAGCGCGCGCGCGCGCCCGGACCGAGUGGCGCGCGCGCGCGCCCGGACCGAGUGGCGCGCGCGCGCGCCCGGACCGAGUGGCGAGCGCGCGGACCAAGUGGCGCGCGCGUGGACCAAGAGGGGCGCGCGGACCAAGUGGUGCGUGCGCGCCCGGACCAAGUGGCGCGCGCGCGCGCCUGGACCAAGUGGCGCGCGCGCGCCCGGACCAAGUGGCGCGCGCGCGCGCGCGCCCGGACCAAGUGGCACGCGCGCGCGCCACCCGGACCAAGUGGAGCGCGCGCGCGCCCGGACAAAGUGGCGCGCGCGCGCGCGCCGGACCAAGUGGAGCACGCGCGCGCGCCCGGACCAAGUGGAGCGCGCGCGCGCCUGGACCAACUGGAGCGCGCGCGCACCCGGACCAACUGGCGUGCGCGCGCGCUCACGGACCAAGAGGCGCGCGCGCGCGCCCGGACCAAAUGGCGCGCGCGCGCGCGCUUGGACCAAAUGGCGCGCGCGCGCGCCCGGACCAAGUGGCGCGCGCGCGCCCGGACCAAGUGGCGCGCGCGCGCGCGCCCGGACCAAGUGGCGCGCGCGCGCGCGCCCGGACCCAGUGGAGCACGCGCGCGCGUCCGGACCGAGUGGCGCGCGCGCGCGCCCGGACCGAGUGGCGCGCGCGCGCGCCCGGACCGAGUGGCGCGCGCGCGCGCCCGGACCGAGUGGCGCGCGCGCGCGCCCGUACCAAGUUGCGUGCGCGCGCGUGCGGACCAAGAGGCGCGCGCGCGCGCGCGCCCGGACCAAGUGGCGCGCGCGCGCGCUUGGACCUAGUGGCGCGCGCAUGCGCGGACCAAGUGGCGCGCGCGCGCGCCCGGACCAAGUGGCGCGCGCGCGCCCGGACCAAGUGGCGCGCGCGCGCCCGGACCAAGUGGCGCGCGCGCGCGCGCCCGGACCAAGUGGCGCGCGCAUCGCGCCCGGACCAAGUGGAGCGCGCGCGCGCGCCCGGACCAAGUGGCGCGCGCGCGCGCCCGGACCAAGUGGCUCGCGCGCGCGCGCCUGGACCAAGUGGCGCGCGCGCGCCCGGACCAAGUGGCGCGCGCGCGCGCCCGGACCAAGUGGCGCGCGCGCGCGCUCGGACCUAGUGGCGCGCGCGCGCGCGGACCUAGUGGCGCGCGCGCGCGCCUGGACCAAGUGGAGCGCGCGCGCGCCCGGACCAAGUGGCGCGCGCGCGCGCCCGGACCAAGUGGCGCGCGCGCGCCCGGACCAAGUGGCGCGCGCGCGCCCGGACCAAGUGGCGCGCGCGCGCGCCCGGACCAAGUGGCGCGCGCGCGCGCCCGGACCAAGUGGCACGCGCGCGCGCCACCCGGACCAAGUGGAGCGCGCGCGCGCCCGGACCAAGUGGCCCGCGCGCGCCCGGACCAAGUGGCGCGCGCGCGCGCGCCGGACCAAGUGGAGCGCGCGCGCGCGCCCGGACCGAGGUGGCGCGCGCGCGCGCGCCCGGACCGAGUGGCGCGCGCGCGCGCCCGGACCGAGUGGCGAGCGCGCGGACCAAGUGGCGCGCGCGUGGACCAAGAGGGGCGCGCGGACCAAGUGGCGCGUGCGCGCCCGGACCAAGUGGCGCGCGCGCGCGCACCGGACCAAGUGGCGCGCGCGCGCCCGGACCAAGUGGCGCGCGCGCGCGCGCGCCUGGACCAAGUGGCACGCGCGCGCGCCACCCGGACCAAGUGGAGCGCGCGCGCGCCCGGACCAAGUGGCGCGCGCGCGCGGCGCCGGACCAAGUGGAGCACGCGCGCGCGCACCGGACCAAGUGGAGCGCGCGCGCGCCUGGACCAACUGGAGCGCGCGCGCACCCGGACCAACUGGCGUGCGCGCGCGCUCACGGACCAAGAGGCGCGCGCGCGCGCCCGGACCAAGUGGCGCGCGCGCGCGCGCUUUGACCAAAUGGCGCGCGCGCGCGCGCCCGGACCAAGUGGCGCGCGCGCGCGCGCCCGGACCCAGUGGAGCACGCGCGCGCGUCCGGACCGAGUGGCGCGCGCGCGCGCCCGGACCGAGUGGCGCGCGCGCGCGCCCGGACCGAGUGGCGCGCGCGCGCGCCCGGACCGAGUGGCGCGCGCCCGCGCCCGUACCAAGUUGCGUGCGCGCGCGUGCGGACCAAGAGGCGCGCGCGCGCGCGCCCGGACCAAGUGGCGCGCGCGCGCGCUUGGACCUAGUGGCGCGCGCAUGCGCGGACCAAGUGGCGCGCGCGCGCGCCCGGACCAAGUGGCGCGCGCGCGCGCCCGGACCAAGUGGCGCGCGCGCGCCCGGACCAAGUGGCGCGCGCGCGCGCGCCCGGACCAAGUGGCGAGCGCUCGCGCCCGGACCAAGUGGAGCGCGCGCGCGCGCCCGGACCAAGUGGCGCGCGCGCGCGCCCCGGACCAAGUGGCUCGCGCGCGCGCGCCUGGACCAAGUGGCGCGCGCCAGCGCCCGGACCAAGUGGCGCGCGCGCGCGCGCCCGGACCAAGUGGCGCGCAGCGCGCGCCCGGACCAAGUGGCGCGCGCGCGCGCUCGGACCUAG